CUUUUAUUAGCCUGGUUUGAUUGUUUUUUGUUUGGCGUAGAAAAUUUCACACUUUCUCUGUAAGUCACCAAAAACGACAAAGACCGAAAGACGCCAUCUAUUAUGAACUACCGCGGUUUAAACAAUAAUUCCCGCUUCAUUUUGGUUGACUGCUAGGACCAUUAAACGUGAAGAAAAUACAUUAAAACAAUCUGGCUCUUCCAAAAAGUGGAUGGAAAACAAAGUAGUACUUUGUCUAUCGGUUAUUUCCACACGCUCCUCUACAUAACCCCAGGCACACAAAACAUCAGGGCUAAAUAACGUCUAACAACAGCGUCAGUAAGUGAUACUUGUUCAAGCCAUAGAUAUCCUGUCAUAACUCUCCGAUUUCUACAAGACCAAAGGUUCUUUGGAUGAUCGAGUUGUCGAAAUGUGUUCACUAUUUCAAAGGAGAUCCUUUAGAGGAGCUGACUUUAUCAUCACCAUGUUUACCCCCUCUACAACCUUCACGAACACACAAAGUGUUCUUUCGUUGUGACAGUAACCCUGUAAAGCCACCUGUACCGUAUCCUGACGACUACCAGGAUAAGUGGAACGGAUUGUUUGUUCGUAUGCCAUGUUCUCCUGAAAGUGUUUAUCCAGUUUAUAAUGGUGGUGCUAAUAGCCUUAUUUCUAGGUGGGUUGUGAUUGAAAAGGCAUUGAGAAAUAAGAUAAAAUCUUCUGACGAGUUGAAGGAAGCUAUUCUCUCCUACAACUAUCGUUUCAAAUCCUACUGGAAUUUUAAAACGUUAGAACAAUUAUGUAUGCUGAAUCUGAUCCCCGAUGGUGGAAACGAUAAUUUCUUCGGUAACACUCUCUCUGGAAUUUGCUCGUUAGCACUAAAUUUGCCUAUUUUUGUUACAAAACCUAUUCCUUUACUGUCAUGUCGAAAAGAAUGCUCACUUACUUUAAGUCAACUCCAGAUAGCCAGUCUUUUGGCAAAUGCUUUGUUUUGUACAUUUCCUAGACGUAAUUGUCACAGUCAAGAUGCAGAAUAUGUUAAUUUCCCUCAAAUCAAUUUCUCUCACUUACUAUCAGCGAAAUCCGACAGUAAAUAUAAUACAAGCCGGAUACUUCAUGUCAAAAUUGAGAAGCUACGUUGCAUCUUACACUAUUUCCAUCGUGUUCUUCAAAAGUUCCCUACGGGAUCAGUUACAUUUACAAGACGCUGUCUAGGUAAUUUGGCACCAGAUUGGUCGAGGAGCAAGUUAACAUUUGACCAGUUGCGUUUACAUGUCAAUGCCACAGGAUCAAUUACUGAUGCUGGUCCAAACACCUUACAAGUUGAUUUCGCUAACAGUUAUCUUGGUGGUGGUGUUUUAAAUAGUGGAUGUGUACAAGAAGAAAUUAUGUUUGCUUUACGACCAGAAUUGUUGGUCAGUUGCUUAUUUGUUGAGCGUCUGGGGUUUGAUGAAACACUUAUUAUUGAAGGUGCUGAACAGUAUUCCGUAGGUUCUGGCUAUGCUGAUGAUUUCUGUUGGACUGGAGAUUUUAAUCAUUCGGAUAGUGGGAUGAAACGCGAUAAGUGGGGGAGAUGGAAUUAUGCAGUAGUAGCAAUGGAUGCUACUAAGUACAGUAAUCCUAUGGAACAGUACAAUGUCGAGGAAAUGCUUAGAGAAUUAAAUAAGGCAUAUUGUGGAUUUACCGACGAGUUAUUCCCUGAAAGAAAACUACCUCCAGUUGUAGCUACUGGGAAUUGGGGAUGUGGUGCUUUUAGAGGUGAUAUAGAAUUGAAAUGUAUACUUCAAAUGAUGGCAUGCCUCCAAGCUAAAAAGUCACUGGCAUAUUUUACUUUUGGUGAUAAAGAGUUUUGUGAUAGAAUUUAUGCAAUGUAUACGUUGCUUUCUUCUGAAAAAGUAACUGUGGAUUCUCGUUAAUGUAGAUGGUGAUAUCGAAGCAAUUCUAAUUGAAUAUCUUCGUGAAAAUCUAUAGUGAAAUAAAGUUAUUCACAUACCUCUUAUUUAUCCACCAGUUUAAUUUUUUCUAUGACUACCACUAAAAGCGAUCAUGUAAAUAAAUAAUUAUUAUUUUCAUUAUAAUCCAUAUAGUAUUUCUUCAUUGAUUAGUUAUUCAGACUAGGGACAAUUCAUGUUGAGUUCAUUUCUAUCCUUGUCCAUUUUCAGAAACGGAUAAUUAUUAAAGUUCCACAACAUAUACAUAUCCCUCAUAGUUGUACCGAUUACAUCAAUCAAAUAAGUAUGUAACUAACCAAAGGUUAUCCUUUGUCAUUCAAUUUUAAAUCUGUCGCGAGGUCAAUCUCUUUCGUGACGACAAUUGAUUUGAAAAAUGUAGACGAACAUUUAUUAAGAUUUACAUAGGCAGAAAUAAAGUUUCUUAAAUUUUCUAAAUGAAGUACUCUACAGUGUACAAACUAGGGUGCUUAAGUGCAUUUUCUUUUUUAAUUUAAACAACUGUCUUUAUCUGGUUGGGUGGUCACUAUCUAAAUCCUAAUAUAAAGUUACAACUUUUGAACAGUUCUCUCGUUCAUUUUUUAGUUUGUUGUAUACUAAAGUUUACCUUAAUGAAGUUUUGAGAUGCAACUAUUCCAUAGAUGUUUAGUGCCUGUGUAGUCUCUUGCUUCUAGUGAAAUAAUACUGAUAAUGAUUAAAUUCAAAAACUACGUUUUACUCUGGAUUUCAUUCCAUAUUUUGCAUAUGGAUCAGUUCAUAAUCAAUGUCAAAUUGAGUAUAUGAAAAUAUAUCUUAAUUUAGAUUUUUAUGGGAAAUAUUGUGGAUAUAUACUGUAGUGUCACCAUCACUAGGGAUUGAUACACUUGUAUAAAAUAUGUAGAGAUAUCAUGUAUCGUACUAUGGAUUUGGAGAAUUAAUUGUACAGACAUUGUUAUUUAGAGUGAAAUUAAAACAUAGUACUAUAUAAAGGCAUUUCUACUAAAAUUCACAUGUAGUAAGUGAUGAAUAUCAUUCAUUUUUGAAUUUUGUGCAAAACUCGAAAGUCAAGUCCUAUUUUAAUGGGAUCAUCCCCAUAUUAUGGUAGCACUUUCAGACUGUUAUGUUUACGAUUAUUAUCUUAGUAUAAAAGUACUUUUCCUCAUCAAUAUUCUCUUUCGUUAUCACAAUUAAUAAUUUAUUAAUUUCACUUUUUAUAGGACGAUUAUGGCAAAUACUAAUUGAGAAUGCUGAACGUGACUUGAUGAAAAAUCAGUCUGUAUUUGAUCUCAUUUCUCAAACAUUGAAGUGAACGUUAAUCCUUGAUACAUAUGUAAAAUGCCACUAAUUUUUAUGUCAAACCUCUUUUUUAUUUCUUUUCACGAAUAAGGUAGAUACAAUUUCACUUUUUUCGUUUUGCAACUUGUACAAAAUGCAAGGAAAAAAUAAGUAAAUCAACUCUAUAGUGAUCUUUUUUUAUCCGUAAUUAGAAACGUAUUUUACAAAACAAGAAGUCCAUUUUUAUCGUAAUGAUUAGUUUUUUCAGGAUGGGAGUACAACCUCUAUUUAGACAGUCGUGUUUCUAUUAAUUAAGUAUUCGACGUUUAGAUUUUCUUUGAAAUGUAAUUCCCAUCCCGCUAAAUAGGAUAGAAUAAUCAUAUAUGUUAUAACUAUUAAUAUCUAUUCCUUAUUGCCCCCAAAUGCCCUG